UCUUUCAUUUUUCCACGUUCGCCAUUUCAAAUUUAAUUAUUUUCCUUUCAUUUAUACGCUUAUACAAUUCAAAACCCAUCCAUCCACCCAGACACAACUACAACCAAAUUUCUUUUCUCACAAAAAUCAUGCUUUUUAAAGCUCACCCAUAUAAUUCCCACUCAUUAUCUUUGUUGCUUAAAGCUCAUGCCCUCUCCCACUCUCUUAUCUCUCUCUCUCUCUCAAAUUCCUUCCCUUGCUCCAAAAAACAAAACAAACAAACCUAGACACACACCCCUCUCAUCACAAACACAUUAAACCAUAAACUCACUCUGUCCCAUAAAAAACACAACUUCAAUAACCCUCCCAUGCGAUCAUGGACGGAGGUGACGAUUUCCACCACCACCAUCACCACCACCAACACCAACACCGACAAAACUUCCCAUUUCAACUCCUCGAGAAGAAAGAAGACCAAGACCCCUCUUCCUGCUCCACUUCCUCCCCUUACCCUUCCCUAGCCAUCUCAGCCGAACCCUCCACCUCCAACUCCACCCGAUCCACCACCCUCCUCCCCACACCCUCCGAAGCCUCCCCCAAAAAGCCACCACCCAAAAGAACCUCCACCAAAGACCGCCACACCAAAGUCGACGGCCGCGGCCGUCGAAUUCGAAUGCCCGCUCUCUGCGCCGCCAGAGUCUUCCAGCUCACGCGGGAGCUCGGACACAAGUCCGACGGCGAGACCAUAGAGUGGCUCCUCCAGCAGGCCGAGCCUGCUGUCAUCGCCGCCACCGGCACCGGCACCAUCCCUGCUAACUUCACCUCCCUUAACAUAUCUCACCGGAGCUCCGGCUCCUCCAUGUCCGUCCCCUCCCAGCUGCGAUCCAACUACUUCAAUUCCAACUUCUCUCUCCAACCCAGGAGAAGCCUGUUCCUUGACAACACCAAUACCUCCACCACACUCCUCAAUUUUCAAUCCAACAACCCCAUCUCCACUUCCAUAUUCCAACCCAAGCACGAAUUGCGCGACUCCUCAUCCCUCGACUUGUCCUCGGAGAACAACGAAGAGGGCUUGGGAAGGAAAAGACGGCCCUUGGAGCAAGACCUAUCCUCCACCAUGCAACACCAUGUCGGAAGCUAUUUGAUGCAAUCCAGCUCCUCCGGGACAAUUCCGGCGAGCCAUGCUCAAAUCCCGGCGAAUAUAUGGAUGGUGGCGAAUUCCAAUAGCCAAGGCGUGAGUGGUGAAGCUCCUCUUUGGACAUUCCCCGGUGUGAGUAACAGUGCCUUGUAUAGAGGAAACAUGUCGAGUGGGUUGCAUUUCAUGAACUUUCCCACCCCAAUGGCCCUUUUACCGGGUCAACAAUUAGGGUCUUCGGGGAUUGGUGGGAACAUCAACGAAGGGCAUUUGAGCAUGCUUUCGGGGCUUAACCCUUACCGGACGGUGAUCGGCGUUUCGGAAUCUCAGGCGAGUGAGUCACAGUCACAUCACGGUGGAAGCGAGGAUCGGCACGAUGAUAAUUAACACCACAGGAUCAUCAAAUCCACCAACUCGUGUUCUUCGAUUCCUACAUGUGUACUAGUUUGGUGUUUUAACACAACGUGACGUGAGGUUUGGUUAUUAUUGCCCUACGAAAUUGAGUUUUGUUUAUUUUGAAAGGAUAAUCAUUAUCAUUAUUAUUAUUUUUUCUAUUUCUUUGGUGUGGUUAAUAUGUUGGAAGAGAAGAGAAGAGAAGAGAAGAGAAGAGGGUUUUUUAGGGUUCGAGAGAGAGAGAGAUGACACUAUUUAACAGUUGGAUAUUAUUUGGCUUUAUUUCACUACACGAUAUCUUAUCAUCAUUGUUUGUGCAAUUGGCUUUUCUUUUCCUCUCUCCCUUUUUUCUCCCGAAAGCCUUUUGAUUUGUAAUUUUAUGCUUUUUAUUCUUAGAAGAGAAAGAAAACAACUCACUUCUCCAUCAUAACAUGGCAAGUUCAAUUAUCUUCCUUCUGAAUUAACAACAUUGGUGUUUUUCACAUGUUGCGUUUUCCUGGUCUCUAGUAAAAGGGAUGAAACAGUUUACCAAAGGGAAAAAGCUAGAGGGAUAAAAGGAAACAAGUGUGACAAUGCUUUUGCACUCUAAAUCUUCGCCAUGAAUGUGGAGGUUUUGGAGAAUGGAUGAUUAAGAAUUUUGAGAGAUGGAGGUAUAGUAGAAUGGUGGGGUCUGCAACACCUUAUCGGUUCCAGGUGUUGCCUCCAUGGUGGGUUCCAGCUGCUGCUUAUUGUCCAAACCAAUGUACAAAUUUCACUCACUAACUCCUCCAUCAGGAACAAUAUUAAUCUCAUUCAGAAAUUACUAUAAUAAGGUAAUUAUUAAUUUUAUUUUACAUAAUUAGACUUGUCUUUUCUCUUUUA